UUCAGCUUUUUCUGUACCUUUUUUUUUUUCUCUUGUGAGCGGUGGUUAAGUGUUUACAGCGGAGCGUGUCAAGGCAAAUCAAGGACAAAUUGGAUACCGUCUAUGGCACUAUGUUUAAGGUUUUGUAGCACAUAAACGGAGAUUUGAAGUUUAUUUCAGCCAAACCACAAACAGAAGGAUGGCUGGAGAGGCGGUGCUGAGGAGGGGAGUGAGCUGGGUGAAGCAGUCCGCCCACAGAGCUCCGAUCCUGGGGCAGAGCUCGGCCGUGGAGUCCCUGUGUGGAGCCUCGGGGUGGAGCUCGGUCAGGGACCCCCACAUGUGCGUCCACAGAUAUUCCACUUUGGGAGCGUGUCUCAGUUCCUGUUUGGUCCUGAAUGGAGGCGGGAAAACUGCACAGACCUCCAGACCCAACUCCAAAUGUGUGAAAUACUCCAGGACUCUUCAUCUGGUCCGAACUCAAACCAGAGCUCUGAACCAGGAUGGGUCCAACGUGGGACGACUGUCUGCGGAGGAUCUGCAGAGAGCCAGAGGAGCCAAGAUCUUCAAGCCUCACAAACAAGUGCUCAGUGAAAAAGCUAGAGAAAGAAAAGUUCCUGUCACUCGGUUGGGACGACUGGUCAACUUUGGAGGUCUGGCAGUGGGACUGGGCAUUGGGGCGCUCACAGAAAUGGCCAAGAAGUCGUUUAAACCCCAACAACAAGGGGAUAAGAGGCCUGUGCUGGACUCCAACCCGUUCCUGAAUGAAGCGAAUGCCGAAAGAAUCGUCAGUACUCUGUGUAAAGUGAGAGGAGCCGCUCUGAAGCUGGGGCAGGUGCUCAGUAUCCAAGAUGACGCCUUCAUUAGUCCAGAAUUGGCCAAGAUCUUUGAGCGAGUGAGACAGAGCGCAGACUUCAUGCCCACCAAGCAGAUGAUGAAAGUGAUCAGUGGAGAGCUGGGUCCAGACUGGAGGAAGCGUCUGGCUUAUUUUGAGGAGAAGCCUUUUGCUGCGGCCUCCAUCGGACAGGUGCAUCUGGGCAGGCUCCACGACGGCAGGGAGGUGGCCAUGAAAAUCCAGUAUCCUGGAGUGGCAAAAAGCAUCAACAGCGACGUAAGAAACAUCAUGACGGCUCUGAGUCUGUCCCGCGCUCUGCCUGAAGGUCUUUUUCCUGAGCACCUGAUCGAGGUCAUGAGUCGGGAGCUGGCUCUAGAGUGCGACUACAUCAGAGAGGCCAACUGCGCAAAGACGUUUAAGGAGCUGUUGAAGGACCAUCCUUUCUUCUAUGUCCCUGACGUGGUGGAGGAGCUGAGCAGCCAGCAGGUCCUGACUCUGACUCUGGUCCCGGGAUUUCCUCUGGACAAGGCCUCAGAUCUGGACCAAGAGCUCAGAAACCAGAUCUGUGAGGAGAUCCUGAUCCUCUGUCUCCGGGAGCUGUUCGAGUUCAGGUUCAUGCAGACUGACCCCAACUGGUCCAACUUUUUCUUCGACCCUGAAACACACAAGGUGGCUCUGUUGGAUUUCGGAGCAUGUCGAGGUUUUGAUAAAAGCUUCACUGACACUUACAUAGAGGUGAUAAAGGCAGCUGCAGAUCAGGACAGAGACUUAGUUCUGCAUAAAUCCAGAGAAAUGAAGUUCCUCACAGGAUUUGAAACAAAGUCGAUGGAGAACGCUCACGUGGACGCCGUCAUGAUUUUGGGAGAGGCCUUUUCCUCGGACGAACCCUUCGACUUCGGGACCCAAAACACCACGGAGCAGAUCCACUCACUCAUUCCCAUCAUGCUCCGAGAGAGGCUGACCCCGCCCCCUGAGGAAACCUAUUCGCUGCACCGGAAAAUGGGCGGGUCCUUCCUCAUCUGCUCCAAACUCAAGGCAAAGAUUCGCUGUAAAAAUAUGUUCCAGGAAGCGUAUCAAAACUACUGGAGGGACUCUUCCACCGACAACGCUGGCAAAUGAAAUCCACUUUGCUAGAAGCGUGUAUUUUACCAUCCAAAACCUGUACAAUGAAUUUUCAUUUUAGGCUUAAAUGUUGUAUUUUUGUAUAGCGCAGGAAGUAUGACGUAAUCCUUUAUUCAUCCAGGAGUGGUUCAACGUAGAAAAGGUUUCAGCGGUGGUCAGCUGGACUUUAAAGGUCUUAUAUCACACAAAAUUGGCUUCUGUGAGCAAUAGCCACAUUAUAAUGUUGUCCUCAAAAACAGACCUGGAGUUGUUUUAUUAGUAGUCUCUUGCACUUUGUGACGUCACGAAGCGGUAGUUUUCAAGUUAAGAGCUCCUUUUACUUUUUUAGUUUAGUAGAAAUUAACAAUUCCAGGGUUGAAAUGAUCCAAAUGAUUCAAGUGAAGGUGUGUGGGGUUUAAAAACACAGUGUAUGGCAUCAGUUUGAGAAGAACUCGGUCUAAAUAUGCAGGGUUUUUGUGUUGAACUUGUAGGAAUGAAACAAAACACAACUCCAGGUCUGUUUGUGAUGAGGAAACUAUCUAAAAAUUAUCUAAACUCAGAAUAAAAUAAAUCCAAACCAAACUGAAAAUGGCCUCUGGAUGGAGUUGAAACAUAUUGAAGCAAAAUUGUUCCGAUCUGAGCACCGUUGAAACCUUCUCUUCACAGCGCAGGGUUUUCAAAAUAUAGGUCAGUGGGUCAGAGAUUCAAAAACUGGAAAACGGAAAAGGAAAAAUGACUAACAAGAAGUUGAACUGGUUUAAAAUGUAUCCCAUAACACAGAUUGGGAAUUAGGAAUCAAAUAUUUAAAAUUUUAACUUUAAAAGUGCACUCUGUAACUUUCCCUGCAGAUGGUCUGCUAUGUCGUCUCUGUGGAUGCAUUACCUUCCUUGGAAUGUUCCACCGUAUGGCAUUAAAAUACUAGUAUCUGUCUUGGGUUUACUCAGCCUUUCCACAGAUCUGGCCUGUAAAUCGGUUUGGUGGCAUCAGCUGCUUCACUUCACAGAGAUGGACGACUUUAAUGCCGUACUGCGGGACUUUAUAGGGCAAGGCGAUAACAUUACCGUGGAGACCCCCCCGCCAGAAAUGCUCCACAGUGAGUCUUUAAAUGAAUGACAAUAACGUGCUGCCGCUGAACUGGAACAUUUUUGCUUUUUUAGACGCACAAGUUAAUGGAAGUGUUACAUGAACGGGUCUGAAGUGGGAUCACGUGACUGGAUUUAAACGAAACAGGAUUUAAGAUCUUAUUUGUUUGCAUUUUAAUUUAAAAUCAUGAAUUGGUGCUGAAACUGGUCUAGAAAUGUGACAACUUUCAGGUCAAAUAGUGUGCAUGUAAAGGGUCAAUCAGCACCAAACACAACACACCAAAACAAUGGAAACAACAUGUAGCAUUAAUAAAGAGAGAAACCACAUUUUAGCUGCAUUAACAAAAGGGAAAAUCACUCAGACACGAGGAGGUGAAACUGCGUUAGUAGAAAUGAGUUAUUUGUACUUUUUAGGCCUGAACUCUCCAGCACAGGCCCGGGUUUAGUUGGACGACCAUGUUUAGAAAAUGAAUUUAGUCUUAUUAUAUAGAAGACAAAUUUGUAAAAAGUGUUAAAUGGAUUAUUUAGCUUUUUACAAAAUUGUGUUGUUAGAAGGAAACCAAAGGUCGAUGUGCUGCUUAAAGAACAUGCUUCAUUUGAAUGAAGAACUCCACAAAAUGUUUUACACAUUUCUCUUAAAGGUUUGUGUUUAAAGGACAGCGGGUGAGUUUUUAGUCGAUUAAAAUUGCAAAAUUUGAGGAAAAAUGAUCAAAAUCUGCUCUACAUCUUUGCCUAAAAAUAUCGGCAGAUCUUAUCGGUGAUCGGUUUCUCUGGAUUUGACAUUGGUUUCUAGUAGGAAUUAGUUUUAAAGCACCAAAAAAUAACAGUGAUGCAAGUUGCACUAUGUAAUAUCUGUGGGAAAAGUCCAUCACCUGCUUGUUUCCAUGGAGACGUUACUGCUAAUACUGUAAAACUUCUCUAUCCUGCAAUUUAUUCAAUAAUUCUUUUAAUGGCCAAUAACAUUCUGAAGUACAUGCGUUUUUCUGUGACUGGACUCGCCUCUCCACAGAUCUGACCACAGUGCACCUUUUAGACCUUUAUACUAAGAGACUCAAAGACAGUUUUACUUGGAUUUCACCAAAUUUUGCUUCAAGCCAAAAUCUGAAUACAUUUAAUUGACUUUUUAUAUUAUUUGUUACAUAAAAGUACCAAACAUUUCACUAAAAAUAUGGACUAUUAAAAUAUGUGGAUUCAAGCUCGUUAUGCAAACAGGACGCAGAUACAGUAGAGUUUUGUUUGGAAAAAGUCAUUUGCAGUGUUUUUACUCAUUUACUCACAUCUCUAAGUAAAAUGUGUUGAAAUCAUCCCUGGAAAACUAGCAUUAAAACGUGUAUGUUCUGUUUCCUGCAUAAGUCCGUGGUUUUAAAUCAUGUGCAUAGAUUUGUACUGUUAUUUGAAAGACUGUUACAUGUCUAUGAUUUUGAAUUGUUUAAAUAAAAUUUGCUGUUGCUAAA